UUGAUGCGUAGCAACCGGUCUACAUUGCACGACAUCUUGUGUUGACAUGGCCGACGAUCAGCUUCAUGUUGCCCAUGAAAGCGAAGACGAACAACUACAAGAAGAAGGUGACGACUACCAAGAUGAAGGAGAUACACAUUCAAUAAAAUCAGAGGCCGAUACAACAAAAAAGAAAGCAAAGAAACGAAAGAAAAAGCCCGCGAGUAUCAAUACAUCGUUGUGCAAGUACGAGAGCGUGCGUCGUGUCGCACGACGGCUAGGUUUGAAGGAGUCUCGUGACGACGAGGAGUGGGUUCUACUGUGGAGUGAUACAACCAUCGCUCUGGAACGCGUCGUGGAGCUCAAACGAUUUCAGAAAAUCAAUCAUUUUCCUGGCAUGGCUGAGAUAUGCAGGAAGGACUUGUUGGCAAGGAACAUGAAUAGAAUGGCUAAGCUGUUUCCAUCAGCCUAUUCGUUUACUCCGAGAUCUUGGUGUCUUCCUGCUGAUUAUGGUGACUUUCAGACGUUCUGUCGGCAGAAGAAGAACAAGACGUAUAUUUCUAAGCCUGAGAAUGGAUGCCAAGGGAAGGGAAUUUUUAUCAGCAAAAAUCCAAAGGACUUUCGGCCCGGCGAACACCAAGUUGUUCAGCAGUAUAUUUCCAAGCCGUUUGUUAUCGAUGGCUUUAAGUUUGAUCUACGAAUUUAUGUGCUUGUCACUCAGUGUGACCCUAUGCACAUAUUUGUGUACAAGGACGGUCUGGGACGAUUUGCCACACAGAAAUACACCGAACCAACUCCUAGCAAUUUGGAUGACACCUACAUGCAUCUCACAAACUAUGCUAUUAACAAGUUGAGCAAGGAUUUUGACAGAGAUGAAGAAACAGGCAGCAAACGCCGUCUCACAACUGUUGACAAAUGGUUUGAAGACAAUGGCUAUGAUAUCAAGAAGAUCUGGCAUGACAUUGAGGAUGUCAUCAUCAAGACACUCAUUGCCUGUCAUCCUAUUGUCAAGCACAAUUACCGCUCAUGCUUUGCCAAUCAUGUGGGAAGCAGCGCGUGCUUUGAAAUAUUAGGAUUUGAUGUGAUGUUGGACAAGAAGCUGAAACCGUGGCUGUUAGAAGUCAACCAUUCACCCAGUUUCCACACAGAUGCUCCUCUAGAUAAAGAAGUGAAGGAAGGUUUUCUGUAUGACACACUCAAUUUGAUUAAUCUUAAUGGUGAUGACAAGAGGAGAUGUCAAGAAGAGGACAGGAGGAAGGUCUAUGAUCGUUUGUUCCAACGACAGAAGGCAGUAAAACCAAAGAAAGAUCAGCAGGAGGAGACUCAACAGCAACACGAAGAGUGGACAAAGAAAUACGAAGAUAAACACUUGGGAGGUUUCAGACGUAUUUACCCAGAGAAUGGCAACGAGGCAAAUUAUGAACAGUAUUUCAUUGACAACGUGUCAUUAUUCACAGAAACAGCAGCAUCAAAAGCAAGACAGACAUGUGCCAAAAUGCUACGUGAACAGAUUGAAUCAAAGCAACGUGAGAUGGAGCAAUUCAAAAGCAAACUCUCUCACUCUCCACAAAAGCCACGUGAUGCACCACUCAGACCAGAAAGUCCUCGAAUCACAAGACGGCCACGUGUACCAAGAGCAAUGCCACGUGUUGCCCUCACAAAUACAUUAAAAUCAACCAGUGAUUUUGCAAUCGAAAAGAAAGAAGAUAAUUUGGACUCGACCCAGCCGAUUAAAAUUUGUGAGCAAGAAGAGUUGCAGCGUGUCGGCGAACUAAUGCAAAGAGAUAGUCUAGUGAGAGGGAUGGGCCUGGUGGAGUAUGUCAGUCAGUUGUUAAGAAUGUCACCUGGAUGUCAUCCCAGCCACAGAGGACAGGGAGGUAUUGAUCCUGAUGCAAGCAGCGUAUUCAAUAGCUCAGCCCUUAGCAAGCGGCGUCUCCAACAGUUUUGUAGCCCUAUUUCUGUCCCUUAUAGACCAGCGGUUGGCAGCCAUCAUCCUCAGUACAAAGUCCACUCACACAUGACGCCUCUUCAUCGCAGAGAUGCAUCAGAGUCCCUUGUUCCCUUAGCUCCUUUGUCGAAUCUGUCGUCGUCUUCGACGUAUGCGGCACGAGUGUACAGCGGUAGAGCAUAUAGAGACAAUCGGGGACACGUGGAGCAGGCUGGAGUUGCAGAACUGCCGUCUGCUGCUACUGUUCAUCACACAGGCAGUCAUUGUUACUUACCAAGAACGCAUUCGCACCCGAUCAAUGCACAGACCCCAAACCUAGCAAUUAUUGGCAGCAGUAAGAUUACGCUAACACAACGGUCUUCUCGAGUGACUAUGAACAGAGGAGGACAGGCAAAACCGCUGAAUUCACCAAGUGGCAACGAUGGCAUCAUGUGCUGAUCUCACAUUUAUUUAAUCUAUUUACAGUGACUCCACUGAAUCUAGUGGUAGAUCUUUCGUUUAGUUUAGAGACUGCUUAACAAAGGAGCAAGAUUGUCGAUCGUUUUCUAUUCCACAAGUACCAUAUAGUAUCUGUAGCGCAUGGUGUAUACUUUUCUAUAUACAGUACUGUCAUAUCACUGGA